CGAUCUCUCCGGUGUUGCGCGCUCGGAGCAUCCGCCACAGCCUGGUCCAGCGUCAUAAAAGGAAGCGUUGCGCCGCGAGUUCGUGAGAACCUCAGUCCUUGUCCGGCUCGUUGUUUGUUUCUUUGUAGCUGUACAGUCUCUCAUCAUUCUUUACGUGGCAUUCUUUGCAGUGUGAGAUUGAGACGUUGCAAAAUGAGGUUCUCGACUCUAUCGGUGUUCGCUGGGCUGGCUGUGGCUGAGGAUGUGCUCUACAGCAGUCAAAGGCUGCAGAAGCGUGGGAUCGAUUCUCAGGGAAAUUACAACAUUUCGUUCUUCCAUGUCAACGAUGUACACGCUCAUCUGGACGUGUUUAGCAGCUCGGGUACCGAUUGCACAAGACCGGAGCGUGGCUGCUUUGGCGGCUAUUCACGUAUCAAGGCCACCAUUGAUGAGCAGAGGGCCAAGUACGACGACAGUCUGUGGUUGAACGUUGGUGAUGAAUUCCAAGGGACCCUCUUUUACACAUACUACGGGGGCGAGGUCAUUGCAAAGACUCUGAAUCAAUUGGGAUUCGACGCCAUGACUCUUGGAAACCACGAGUUUGAUGGUGGCGAUGAUAUGUUGGGCGACUUCAUUGCCAACCUCACAAAUAUCCCCAUUAUUUCUGCCAAUAUCCAUUCGGAUCAUCCCAAGUUGAACAAGACUAUCAAGCCGUACCAGAUUUUCCCAGACAAGGGCCUUGCCGUCAUUGGAGUCACGACCGAAACUACGCCUGGCAUCUCAAAGCCGAGCAACCUGACGACCUUUUCUGAUUCUAUUGAGGCAGUUCAAAAUGCCAUCGAUGAGAUCAAGGCCACUACCAAUAUCACCAGGAUCGCUGCCAUCACCCACAUCGGAUAUGACAAGGACAAGGAGCUCGCUGCAGCCGUCUCCGGUCUCCAGCUCAUCAUGGGCGGUCACUCACACACCCUGCUUGGCGAUAUGGAAGGCGCUGAAGGGGACUACCCUACCAUCGUCCAGAACAAGGACGGAGACGAGGUCUUCAUUGUCACAGCUUACCGAUGGGGCGAAUAUGUAGGCUACAUCGACGUGACCUACGACGUCAACGGCAAAAUCCUAGCUUACCACGGUGCCCCACACCACAUGACCAACACCACCAAGUACGACGAGACGCUCCAAGCGCAAAUCGACGAAUGGCGCAAGCCCUUUGCAGAAUUUGCUGCCGAAGUUCUCGGCGUAAGCAACGUCGUUCUAGACCAAACCACCUGCCAACAACAAGAAUGCCUCCUCGGAGAUUUCAUGGCAGACGCCAUGUAUUCCUACCGCAAAUCCGCAAACGAUAACGUCGCCUUCGCCAUCAUCAACGCCGGCGGUGUCCGCGCUACCAUCGACGAGGGCGACAUCACGCGCGGCGAGGUCCUCACCUCCUUCCCCUUCGGCAACGCCAUUGUCGAAAUCAAACUCCCCGGCUCAGACCUCUGGGACGUCCUCGAAGGCAUCGUCUCCAAAGUCAACGUGCAAAACGGCCGCCCCGUAACCUCCUUCCUCCAAAUCAGCCAGGGCAUCAAAAUCGAAUACAACCCAGCCAACGCGAACGGCACCAAACUCGUCUCCGUCACCAUCGGUGACGCGCCCCUAGACCAAUCCGCCGAAUACGAAUUCGUCACCCUCGAUUUCCUGGCCGGCGGCGGAGACAACUUCUUCACGCCCACAAAGGACUUUGCGAUUCUGGAUACCCAGGAUCAGGUUCUGACGCAGUAUAUCCAGGAGCAGACGCCCGUUGAUAUUGCGCUCGAUGGCCGCAUCAAGAUCGUCGACGGCACGGCUGAGCCCCCUACCAAUGGAACUACACCGACCCCCACGGCUACGGCAUCUGCUACCGAGACGGGGGGCUCGUACAGCACCGUCGCGCCUCCUGUUGUGCCGCGUGCUGUGAAGGCUUCUUCAAGUGAUGCUGCACCGGUCGUUGCGAGGCAGGUUGGUGCUUUUGCGGCGGUUGGGGUUGCGCUUGUUGCGGCGUUGGUGAUGCUUUGGGGACAGUUGUAG